GAUCCACAGACUGAUGGACCUCUGCCAGUCCCAUCUGAUGGCUCAGACGCUGAAGGCAGCGCUUCCUGUCCCCUCAGUGCUGCUUGUACAUGUUUGUGCUCAGUCUAAGGAAGUGCCCGACCAGGUAAACGGGGUGCGUUUCAUCACCAUCACCAAAGGACAGGUUCUGAUCAUUUGGAAGGAUCACUGCAUCGGCACAAAGUGUAUAAAAACUUAUGAAGUGGAAUUUUCCAAAGAUGAGACGGCUUUCCAGAGGAUUAAUCAGAGAGAGACUAUUUUCACAUACUACACUUAUUCUCCAGAGAGUCUGGAGGUGAGCGGUUAUUAUAGAGUCAGAGCCGUGGAUUACUGGGGAAGAAAUGGAGAAUAUUCUGUCACUGAGAAAUAUUCAGAGAACUGGUAGUCUUGAUUAGACCAACUUUUGACUGUCCACAUACAAUAUGCUUCACUUUGUAUCUUAAUUUGAUCAAAAACACUCACCAGAACAGGAUGAGACUAGUUUGAUCAACAUGUCAAGUGUCCAAACGGUUAAUUUGGUUUUUGAAUGUCAUUUAGGGGUGUUUAUCUGAUGCUGCAGUAAAGCACAAUUAUUUUUAAACCAGCAAGUCUGUGUCUGUGCAGCCUCUGCUUAUCAUAUUUGUAUUCAAUAUGCACAAGACAAUCCACGGGUAUAUUUUAUUGGAGAUAAAAAUAGAUUUAAUGGACUAUAUGAUGAAUUUUUUAACAACAACCUGAAGUUUCAUUAGUUACAGUAUUUCCUUGCAUUGAUAAAAAUAAAAAAACUGAAUACAUU